AUGAGGAACAUCGCAAAAUGGCGCUGCCAACUGACAAAGUAUGACAUCGAGUACGUGUCUCGCACGUCAGUCAAAGGACAAGCAAUCGCUGACCAUCUAGCGGAAUUCCCAAUUGAGGAUGACACACCGAUUAAUUCUGAUUUCUCGGACGAAGGGAUUCUCCAAAUAGACGAUGAGGAGGAUAAGCCAACAUGGAAGAUAUACUUCGACGGGGCGGUCAAUUCCACAGGGUCUAGAGUCGGCGCAAUGCUGAUAUCCCCGAACGAGCGGCAUUAUCCGGUUGCUGUGAAAGUUGACUUCUCCUGCACCAAUAACGUGGCCGAGUACGAGGCGUACAUCCUCGGCCUACAAGCUACAAUUGACUUCAAGGUGAAGGAGUUGGAAGUGUUCGGUGACUCCAUACUCACAAUUUUCCAAACGCUAGGGCAAUGGAAGACAAAGGACGCAAAGUUAGUCCCGUACCAUGAGUAUCUCGAGGAGUUGGCAAAAGGCUUCGAGAAGAUCUCAUUCACCUAUACUUCAAGCAUGAAGAACCAAUUCGCAGAUGCGCUCGCAUCCAUGGCGAGCAUCACAAAGGGGAACCUCAUCGAGCCCCUCAUGAUCGAGAUCACCAAAGGUUCGGCCUACUGCGACGCAAUCGAAGCAACUGACGCUAAGCCGUGGUACGAGGACAUCAAGGACUUCCUACAAACGGGUCAAUACCCUCCAUUUGCUGACCGUCGCGACCGGAAGACGUUUAGACGACUCGCGGUGCACUACAUCCUAAGCGGUGAAACACUCUAUCGGCGAUCCUUCGAUGUUACAUUGCUCAGGUACAUCGACAUACACGAGGCGCGACGUCUCAUGGAGGAGGUGCACGGGGGAAGUUGCGGCCCUCACAUUAACGGGCUCAUGCUUGCCAAGAAGCUCAUGCGCUUGGGAUAUUAUUGGUCUACCAUGGAGACCGACUGUGUCAAGCAUGUUGUCAGCACCCUAUUUUGGCCCACCGGCUCCCGACAGAGGACUUCCAACCAAAGCUCGGGAUACUAUUCACGAUCGGACAAUUGGAGGCGAAUGCGCGGAUGUGGGAGCAUGGACUACAGAAGGGAAGCAGGGUCCUCCAAAAGGCUCAGAAGGGCAAUCAAAAGGGGAGAUGAACAAUGA